GGGGCUUCCCGACAGUCUGGCACAAGGUAACACCAUGUAACCCAUCGGCGGAGAAAGACCGACAGACAAAACGUACGUAGGGGUUCGGCCAUGGGCGGGACUGGGACGCCCGCUCUUGGAGGUUAUUGCCGCCAGCGCCGGGUGUAAGAAAAGGGCCACCGACCACAAUGGCCACGGAGUUCAGCCUGGACGCCGUGCUGCGGUUCCUGGGGGAGCGGGGCGGCAGGGCCAGGAGCGACGAGCUGCUGGAGCAUUUCAAAAUGUUCCUCAGUAACCCCGACAGCCGGGCCAGAGACCGCGGGGCGUUCAAGGAGUUCGUGAACCGAGUGGGGCUCGUGGUGCACGAAGGCGGCGUGAAGUACGUCUGCCUGAAGAAGAAAUACCGCGACAGGAUGAAGCCCGACUGCCACGGCGCGGCGGCCGGUGAGCGGCAACCUGGAGCCGCCGCCGCCUCAGGGUCACCCGUGGGAUCCGGGGAGCCGGUGGCCGGAGGGGACCAGGCGACGGAACCGCCCAGGAUUUUGCCGCCGGUGGUGGCAGCUGUUCAGCGCGGAUGUGUGGACAAGUCGGGGGACGGCGUGAGGUGUGAUCAGCAGCAGCAGCAGCAGCCGCCUCUCACCGCGCCUCCCGCACUGCCACCCGCGGCAGCGGCUGAUGGCGAUCAAACUGGACCUAUCGAUCGGCCGAUUGCGCAGCGCGUCUGUGCCGAGAGGGGCAUCGUCGCCCUGAUGGGGAGGGCAUCGCUGCCCGUCUGUUCCCACAACGGUCAAGACGUGCCCACCGCGUCUUUGGUGAGGAAGGGCCAAGAGGCGGUGGAGGAGAAGGAGGAGGCGGUGGUCCAAACUGAGUUUAGCCAACCUGGUGUGACCGAAUGUUCCCGAUCCCACGCUGGCCUGGGGGAAAGCUUUCCAAAGCUGGACUCCAAGGGGGUUGAGUGGGCGAAGGAGAACGCAAGUGUCCCCGUCGACUCCUCUAAUCUGUCCGUUCGCGAUGACGAGGGGAGAAAUCCACUCAAGUGGGAUUCGUCUGAAAACAACUCGGCCCACAAGUCCCAGUUUAAUGUUCAGGAAGACGCGGGCUCCGCAGGACAGGAUGUACGAUCGAAAAACGUCAGUAACAGCAUGUUACAGAGCAACCUUUCACCGACACAAGUCAAGACAAAUCCAGACUUAAUUACUACAGGACGUUCCAGAAAGCAUUUGCAACGCAGCUUGACAGUAAAUCGAGAUGAUCGCUCUAGCAGUCUCGAUAAUGAUGGAUUUGAAAGCGCAAGUGAUUCAGCGUGCCCUCACAGUGAAAGCUUACCAAAUACACCACGGUCGAGCAGGAAAAACUUCAGAGAGCUGAUGAUCAACAGCUCACCUCAGUUAAGACGCAGUGUUAUUUACAAUAAUCCUGUUGUUGCAGUGCCAACUAUUAAACUUGGAGAUGCCGGAUCUAGAAAAAGCGAUAGUGACACAUCCUCUUUGGUAUCUUCAAAACUGGAUGAUGAUGAUACUGCAUCAGUUGCACUUGAUCCCUUGGAACAUGAAUGGAUGAUACAUGCUUCAGCAGGUCGAUGGGAUAGUCUUGAGACCUUGUUGGCAGCUGAUCCUAGUUUGAUUACCAGGAAAGAUUUUGUUACAGGGUUUACGUGUAUUCAUUGGGCAGCAAAACAUGGCAAACCAGAAUUACUUGCAAUGCUUGUUAAUUAUGCAGGAAAACAUGACAUACGAAUUAACAUAAAUAUGCGCUCAAGUGGUGGUUAUACGCCGCUACAUUUGGCUGCUAUGCAUGGACAUACAGAAGUAGUAAAACUAUUAUCUGGUGCAUAUGAUGCAAAUGCUGAUAUUCGGGACUACAGCGGGAAGAAAGCUUGGCAAUAUCUAAACCGUGAUGUUUCAGAAGAAGUAAGGAGUCUCAUAGGUGUACCUAGAAUUUCUGACUCCGAAAGCGCAUUGCAGAAUGGAAGUGGCCGUUGGAGGCUGUCCAAAGUUCUCCCUGCUAACCUGACGCACAAACUGAUCAAUGUUCCCGAAGAAGAUACGUGUGAUGCUAUGCCUUCAAACGCAGUCAGCCGGAAAACAUCUACGAAAAUGAAACUCAAUAGAAUCAGGUUUAAAACCCAGAUUAUUCACAGCACACCUUCUCUUCGAGGAACGGAUAAUGAUCAUGGCCCAAAAAGCCCAUUGAAACUUAGGCCAAAGUCGACAAUAUUUGGAUAAAACCACUAAAAAGCAACUUCUUGAAUUACAGAGAUAAAUUGGUGGUGGUAGCACUUAUAGUGAAUGAAAGUGGCAAUACCUCGACUGUGUUUCUGUAAAAAAAACUAUCACAAUAAGAGAAACUAAUAUAGAUAUUAAUGAAUGAUUUGAUUUUAACAGUCCAGCCUGGUUCUGAAAUGUAGCAUGAUGAGGACAAAAUUCUGUAUUGUGUUGCAAUAAUAUUUAUUAACACGUGCCUUCCAACCAAUUAUUGCUAAUCACCUAUGUAUAUCAUAUUGGCUUAAAAAUUGUAUCACAGUACUACGUUGCACUUUUGAAAUAGAAUAAGGGCUCGUAAGAGGAAAAAAACUGCCCCUCUUCAGAUUUUUUAAAUAUAGUCCAGUAUUGGGCAAAUACAAAACGAACAUCACCUGGAUAUAGAAUUCAUUUUUUAGGGAGAAGGUUAAGAAAUAAAAAUAUACUGGAAUCUGAUUUUGAACAUAAAUACAAAAAUAUUAAAGCGAAUUUGGGAAGACAUUUUUUUGUCAGCUAAGUAUCUGACCCAUACAGAAAUCCAUCACCAUUCUUAAUAGGAUCCAAAUCAGACUGGGAGUUCUAUUUAUGCCAUCUAUACAUGGAAAAUUCCUCAUCUAAAAUGGAUUUCAUACUUUCUCCGCAAAGUGACACACCCUGCUAAACUAAUUACAGAGUAUUAGGCGUAGGUUGGCAACAACCAAGGCUUGGGGAUGGAUCCUUGAGUGGAUGUGUGGGCACUGCUGGAGGUUAACCAUGUAAAACUGCAUUGCUUGAAUUUUGAGCACUCUGGCAAGCUUCCUUCCCACUUCUUGUUCAACUAUGACCAUCCUCAUUGGCUUGCAGGGUUAAUAGUAGUUGAGCGUGAAAAAUUACUGUCCCAGUGCCACUCCAGGUUCUGCCUCCCUGAGGCUUGUCUUAAUUCCAUACGCAUUCACGUAUUCCCAAAAUGUGAAUCAGAUUAGUUUUCACUGAACUAUUUUGAACCAUCCAAAACAGUUAAAGUAGGGAAGGUUUUAUUUUUGCAGUACUACACUGCCUUGGUAGAUUAAUGAGGAGAGAGAUUUCUUGGUCACUGUAGGUUCCAAACCAGAAAAAUCAGUUGGCUCAAAUAUGAAAUGCUGCUUUUCCUGUGGUAAUUGUGACUAGUUCUGGUUGGUUGGAAAGCUAACUUAGCUGCAAAGGCUGUACAGUAUUGGUAUACAAUAGAAUGUAGAGGGAGGUUAUUUAACACGAAUUAUCGUUAAAUGUUACACUACAGUAUUAGAGUAAAGUGAGAAUUUUGAAUUGACUAAUGACUCGUGUGGUGUGGUUAUCAGUCUGUUUGAUUUAAAUUGGAAAAAAGACCAAACUGUUCUGGCAGCACUCAUUUUUGUUACUUUUAAAAGCAUGAGAAUAUAUAUUGUUCAUCAUCUUAGUACUGGUGAUGCAUUUUAAGUAAAACAGCUUGUUCUAAAAUGGGCAGGAAGGCUUUUUUUUCCUCAUUGAUUUCUUGCAAAAAUAUGAUCAGGCUGGUCCUUUUAAUCUGAUGCUGCUGGAUUUUAGAAACAUUUUUCUUUCAGUUCAUGCUGCCAAUUAAUGGAUGAACUCAUUGUUACCCUUGCAGCUGCUAUUAAAACAGGAGCCGAAGCUCUCUCUUCGUGUUAAAUUGGAUGUAGGUUUAGUGACUGCUGUUUAUGCUGCCUGAAAAAUAUCAGCAGAUUUACUUUCAAAACUGAAAUGCAAUUUAGAUUAAGAUGCAUAGUGGUGGUAGAUUGAAGUUUCAUUAGAAAUAUUGUUUAUUAAAAGGUACAUACAGUAGACGGGUAGUAUCUGAAUGUGAUAUUUUAGAAACAAAUUCCCUUUUGCCUUUUGAACUAUUUUCUUGGAAA